UUUACUCCAUUACUGAUUCAUGAUCUUCCAGGAGCUCAUAACCCUAGAGAUGGUGAAGGUGGGAAUCACCAAACAACAGAAUGUGAUGGCCUUGCCCUGACAAAGAAGGCACAGCUGAAUGAUGUCAAUCAACUCAAGAAGCAGAAGAUGAAAGAAAACAACUUGGGCGUUGAAGAUGGGCUUCAUCAGACCAUUGAGUACAUUGGCCUCGGUUGUAAAAGAAAGACAUGGCUGGAAGAAUUCAACUUGCUUAAGAAGAAAAAGUUAAAUGAAACCAAUUCAGGUAAACUCCUCCAUCCACACCCUAACUCUUCAGGCGGAGAGGAACUUGAAGUGGGCACAAGCUACCGAGGAGGCUUCUCACGCAGUGCAGGCAGAGCUAAGGGCAGUGCAAGCCGAGCUGGAGACAGCUCGGGAGCGGAUUCAUCGUCUUGAGAGCGAUGCUUCGGCUCAGAAGACCGAGUUGGAGAGGUUUCAGAGGGACAACAGGGCUCUGAGGCUUGUGGUGAAGAACCUCGCGACCUCGAAAGGGGUCUUGGAGCACGAGGUCGAAUACCUCCAGGCCGAUAUCAAGGAGAAGACCGAGAUCUUCCUCCAGGGCCUCGAGGAUGCUAAGGUGAAGGCCGUCGACGACUACAUUGCUUUGGCGCGCUUUGAUGACCUGAUGGUGGGCUCGUACUAGAGGGGUUUCUUCGAUGGAUGAUAAAGCAUGCGUACCCUGAGGUCGACACCAGUGCCAUAACCACCUCGCGCAUCACUCCGGAGAUGGUUGCCGCGGCUGACGAUGAUGUAGACUCUGAAGACGAAGCGGACCCUCCAAGUGCUGCUGAGGUUCCUUCUGAAGGCAAGGGAGAUGUGCCCCUGAGUUGAUGUAUGCCGAGCCUGCGAG